AUGCACGGCGUGACGUAUUUAUGUUUGUUCAGGUUUGUUCCCGUCGAGGUGGCGAAGAAGCGACCGGGGCGAGGGACCAGCCGUCCCGGAUCUUCCGAAAACUUCGAAAACGGGCCCAUGGAGGUCAACAAACCAGAUCCAGAAACCAAGCCAAAACGGCGCAGGUACCGGAUCCCUCGUAGCUGCGAUAAAUGUAGGAUUAGUAAAGUGAAAUGUGUCCUUGAAAAUGGCCGCUGUAAUAAUUGCGUCAGACUUGGUGUAACGUGCACGUUUGCCAAUCCAGGCAGUCUGAAGGAGAGACCACCAACACACAAAGAUGUCGAGCAGCUUAAGGCCCACAUCAGAUCUCUGGAGCGCUUACUCCACGCCGUGGAUCCUUCACUUGAUCUCAACAAUUUACCGGAUCCCGAUCGGCUCGUUCUAAGCUCAAAAGCAGCGCCCCAGCGUUCCCUUAGACCACUCGCUGGCUCAACAUCUCAACCAGAGCUUCACACCGUUGAAAGUAACGCACAAGACUGUUUUGACUCUCAGCUUUCGACCGUUCUGAGCGCGAUCCAAGGUUUGCAAAUCGAAGCGGAGCCUGCCGUGACACACAUCCAUUGGACGCAGUCAGACAAGACCCAACCGAUGUCCAGAUUUGUUGGUGCCUUGAUCGCGCCGGACCAGUAUAUCGGCCCUAAUUCGGUCUUCAGCGUGGCCGAAGCAGCAGCGUUUGGGGUCCCCAAAAUGCCUCCUUGGGACUAUGGCACACAAGGUCCGGUCGAUGAAUAUCUCCGCCUUCGUCACAAGGAAUAUCUUUCGAGCGCGAAACGCUUCUAUCCCGAGCCUGACUUGGAACAAACUCUUAUCACGAUCUAUUUCGAGAAGUUCCACCCUUCCGUCCCAGUCAUCCAUCCGACCACGUUCCGUGACCAUCAUAUAUCGGGACUUGCGCAGACCAAUCCUACCUUCAGGGCCCUCUGUUUGCUCAUGUUUUCGAUCGCUAGCAGAUGGUCGACUGAUCCUAGGGUCCAGCUCGACUUAGCCGGAAGGCCACAUCAAUCUCAACAAUUUGCUGGCAUGCGCUUUACUUACGCGGGCCUUAUAAGCCUGUUGCAACCCGGCUACGAUCGCACGACCCUGGUCCACUUGCAAGCUUUUACCUUGUUGACCAUCGUCUCGCUGGGUGCACACGAUCUCCCGAUCUCCUGGAUCUUCGCUGAGCGGGGUCUGCUACUUGCACAAGAAUGCGGCGCCCAUCGUGAAGUGCAUGAUCUUUGGAACGCUGAUCCUCUCCAGGACUAUCUACGCCGUCAAGCCUUUUUUCAAUUGUACGAAAUGGCUUACAGAAUCAGCUAUUCGUUGAAUAGGGCGCCUCUGGUGGCACAUGAUGACUUUGAUCUCCAACCAAUGUACGUUCAGCGUGAUGAUCCACUGGGCAUCUUUGAGAAUCCAUAUUCGAGUAUCAGUCCAGCAGUUCAUCAAGUCCAUGUCGCAUUCGAUCAAGUCAGAGUGUCGUUGCUGCAACUCGGCUCGCUCAAACACAUGUUGCCCCUUUUAUUCAAGAUGCAAGCUAGUGCAAAAGCCCCUGGGGGAGCCGGAUCAAUCAAAUCCUUGAAAGCAAUGGUAGACCAGCUCGAUCUGAAUGCUACCAGAUGGUUCGAUAAGGUGCCUCCGAUGUUCAAACGCGCCGAUACCGAAGCUCCUGUCGACAUCCUGUCGUUUUCUGCGUUUGUCAUCACGUACUAUUCAGGGUUUCAAAUGUUGAUACACCAGACUUUAUUCAACUACCGAGACGAUGACCCGAAUAACAAAGCGACCAGGACCAAUCCGCAUGUCGACAGAUUUGUCGAGUUUGCGAUUUUAUCCAUUCAAGCGAUGGACAAACUGCGGCUUCGCAAGGUGUUGACAGGCGGAUUUUAUUGGUUGCCGUUCGACCUUAUGUUGACUGUUGUCCUGCUGGUAUGCUCUAUCCGGAAGCAGAGGGACUCGAUCACUCCUCAGGAAAAUCAAGUCAGACGCGAUAAUAUCUGUUUGGCAAUCGCGAUCCUGGACGAGCUGGCUCCCAGCGUCCACACAGCGGUAGCAUAUAGCAGAGUGGCAACGGCAAUGUUCCGUGCACUAGACGAAACGAAAGCCUCAUUACUAGACUCCUUAAAAUCGUCCUUCGGAGAGCAGCAGUCUGGAGAUCAAAGGUUCCCGACCACAGAUUCCCCUGCGGCCACAACAGUGAGCCCGCCGAGCUGUCCAGCCUCGGUCGCAGCUAUCAACUCAACCCAUUUGACCAGUGAUCGUCAUGAUUGUCAGGACGGGCCGAAAGAAAACUCGUGGGACCCCUUGGAAAUCUCUUCGGUCUCAUUCGAUGCGUCUGCUUUGACUUUGCCAUUCUUCACCAUCUUUGACUAAUCCCCUACCUGUCUUCCUACCCUUGCCGAUCCCACACCAAGCAACUCAUCUCAAAAAAACAUCUCACAACAACCCCAUUUGAGUUAGUUUGGGCUAUUUUGAUCAAUUUCUAAGGUUUUCUUUUUGGUUGUCAAUUGCUCAGAGUGACGGUCUGUCAACUCAUAUACCCUCAGAUCAGUCAUCACCUCAUCUCUGGACCCUCGUGCAAAUCUUCUUCCUCUGUUUUACUCCACAAUCUGCUUAUAACAUCAUGGACUCCUUAACUUUUCCACACACAUUUCCGUGCUCCUGAAGCAGUACAUAUCGAUAUAUUACCAAUUGUGUACAAGUUAAUCAAGCAUUUCCUCCCCCUUGGUCAUCGUUCUUCCCAUUGUCUAACUUUUCAUCACCUCGUUUUUUUUUCUUCUUCUUCCUUUUUUUCUUGCAUCUCCUGUGCUCUAUCUACUUGAUUCUGUGUUACUGUUGCAUUGUUGUUGUGUGGUUGUUGCACUGUUUUUAUCUUGCUGUUGUAAGAGCAACUAAUUAAUGUGAACAGUGACCAAACGCAAGUAUGGAGUGGUCCCACCAAAGCUAGGAUACCACAUACAUGUACAGCUGUUCCCAAAAACCUUGCGGUUUCG